CAGAUCGCGUCGACGAGCACGUUGCAAAAGACUGCUGGGCACGGGGUACUCUCCCGCCUUGGAGCACGUGGCUUAUACCCUGGUCAAACGGAAUGCUCGCAGCGUUUGAGCUCAUACUUUGCCUGUUUGCGGUUCAUUACCUCAUCAAAGUAUCUCGGAACCAUCGUCCUGGCGGAGUGCUCACCAAUAGCCUGGUCUCCACUCUUAUUCGAGACAACUUUCUGUACUUCAUUCUGGCGUUCUUUAUUCUUCUCAUCACUGCAUUAGAAGAGAUCACAUGGAUACAAUCGUCUAAGGACCUGUACUGGACCACGUACACGGCACUCAGAUACGUGUUCUACGGUAUUGUAGGGCCGUGGAUGAUGCUUGAUUUACGCAAAGAAGCGUACAGAAAGCACGCUGAGGCUAGUUCAAAUAACGUUAAGCUGCUGCUACUUCCACAUCAGCGACUGGGGGGUCACACCAAUUGCGAUGUGACUUCAAGUCAAUCAGCAUGAAGUACUCUCACUAUGCGAUUAGCGUGUUACUUAGUAGUAUCAUAAUCGCUAGCGUCUUGUAAGCCCGCUCCUCGGAUUUACGACACGCCGACACAUACCUUUCGAGCCCGCUCCACGAUCAGGCUUCGACAAUCCUCCUAUACCCAAUAUGACAUUGGAUUUGCUUCCUUCUGCUUCUAUGGACGCAUUCUAAACAUAUCUCAUAAGUUUGCUACGCU